CCUCGUAUGUUACGUGUCGUCGUCUUCCUUCCCCCUCCUCAGACUCGCUCUGCUCUGCAAUGGCUACCUUCGACGAAGAAACCGCAAAGAAGUUGAUAACACAGGUGGAGUUCUACUUCAGUGAUAGUAAUCUACCCAGAGACGGUUUCCUAAGAAAGGAAGUCUCCAAGAGCAAAGAUGGUUUGGUUAGUCUGCCUCUUGUUUGUUCCUUCUCUCGUAUGAGGAACCUACUUGGCCUCGGUAACACCAAACGCGAAGACAUCCCUGAGAGAAUCGUGGAGGAAGUAGCUAAUCUCUUGCGGGCUUCUGAUUUUCUUAAAGUUUCCGACAAUGGGCAAAGGAUCGGUAGAGGAACAAAACUCUGCAAGUUGGACAAGGUGCUUGAACAAGUACACAGAAGAACCAUUGCAGCAUCGCCUUUCGAGUAUAGCAUAAAGAUGGAGGAUGUCGCGUCUUACUUCUCACAGUAUGCCAAGGUGAACAGUGUGAGGCUACCUCACCACAUUGGAGAUAAGCAAUACUUUUGUGGCACUGCUUUGGUUGAAUUAUCGUCUGAGGAAGAAGCUGAAGAUGUUUUGAGGCAGAGCUUGGUCUAUUCCGGCGCUGAACUAGUAUUAGUACCAAAGAGUGAUUUUGACCGUCAAAGAGAAAAUAUGAUCCAGAAGUCAAAUCUUUCAGAUUCCUCCCACAACGAGUUCCACAGAGGUCAGCUUGUCAAGUUUACACUGAAAAGAAUAACCAAUGCAGAAAAUAUAAUAAAGAAAGAAAAUCCCAAGAAUCUGGAAAAUGAAAUCACAGGGAAGGCAGUCAGUGCUGAGAAAGUGGAAAGCGGAGAUUUGGUGGCAGAUAAAUCAUGUGCCACGGAAAGUGACUGCACUGAUCAACUUGUUGUUGUUCCUCCGUGGGAAAACAUUGAUACUGAGGUUCUCAAGGAUGUUUUCCAAAGAUUUGGCAGCGUUAAGCACAUAGAGUUCUCUGGUGGUGGAUCGGAUUCGGGUUACGUUUGUUUUAUAGAUUCAGAAACAGCUAUGAAAGCCCGUACUGCUGUGGAGUUUGUUGGAGGUUUAGUUGUGAAGAAUAAAUUCUCAGUUUCCUUAGAAGCAGUGAAUGGGGAGAUAGAGGGAGAGGUUUGGAAAAGACUAUCAUCAGGGGGAGGGCAAGAAGAUGAUGACAAGAUGGAGAAAAGCAAAGGCAAGUGCUCUGAAGCCACUCAACCGCACAAGAAGGCUCGAAAAGAGCACGCUAGUUAACUACACUUAUGUGUUCAAAAAAAAAAAAGUUAACUACACUUAUGUUUGGAUGCACCAAUGACAAUAUAUUUUUCUGAAGUUUAGCUUAUUCGACAAAACAGAUAUUUUCUCCACUUGACAACAUUGACUACUUGUCUAUGACAGUUUUGUUAGUUAACCUUUUUGGGACCUGAUUGUUA